GCUGGAGCGGGAGUCCGGCAGGUCGCGAGCAGCGAGGACGUCAUCUGGUGCCGCCUCACCCGGCUGACUUUUGCGGCAUGUCUGGCGCGGUGUGUUGCCGCGUGGCGGCAGUUGUGGCGCUGCUGCCGCUCCUCGCCGCCCUGCCGUCCCGGGUCCGGAUAGGGGCGAUAUUUACCGAAGACCGCCGAGGCGGCCAUGUGGAGAUGGCCUUCAAGUACGCGGUGCUGAAGGUCAACAGUGACACGCUACUGCUGCCCAACAUCACGCUGGAGUACGACAUCCAGUACGCCUACCGCGACGACAGCUUUCACGCCGCUAAGAAAGCGUGCGGCCAGCUGCAGGGGGGCGUGUUCGGCCUGUUCGGCCCCUCCGACACGCUGCUCGGCGCGCACGUGCAGAGCAUCUGCGACUCGCUGGACGUGCCGCACGUGGAGACGCGGCUGGACGUGGACCCGCGGCGCCGCCAGUUCAGCGUUAACCUGCAUCCCAGCUACCAGGACCUCACGCGCGCCUUCAGGGACCUCAUGGGCUUCCUCAACUGGACCCGCGUGGCCGUCGUCUACGAGGAGGACGCGGGCCUAGUGAAGCUACAGGACCUGGUGAAAGCACCCCCAGACCUGGAGAUGGAGGUGUACAUCCGACAGGCGGGGCCGUCACACUACCGCCAUGUGCUGCGGGAGAUCAAGGACAAGGGCAUUUUCAACCUGGUGGUGGACACGAAUCCGGAAAAUAUACAACUCUUCCUCCGAUCGCUGCUGCAGCUGCAGAUGAACGACGACCGGUACCACUACCUCUUCACGUGUUUCGUGAGUUCAUCGUAG